AAAGGGGCGGAGAUUUCAGUCAAUGUGGAAAUGCGAUAGUCACAGCAGUAUCAGCACCAGUAGUUCUGGAAGUUUCUUACAUGGUGGCUAGCUAGCGACAUGGUGAAAAGCGUAUUUUGAGUAGCCACGAUAUCUCGGCUCAUACAUUGGUUUAUUCAGAAGAGAGUUGGAUAUAUUUAUGUAACUCCAUAGUUUAAUAGGUCAAAAAAAUCGUGGAGGGUCGGAUUUGUAACUAGCUUGCAGCUGUCAACUGGUUAAGUAGCUAGCCAGCUUCAAACACUAAAUUUCAGUGUGGUUGGUUGACAGCCUUUGAUAUAAGAUUAUUGACGAUGUUUUUUUGAAUAUCAAGCGUUACUUGACAGAUACUUGUAAUGGGUAAGGACUAUUAUAAAGUGUUGGGUAUACAGAAAGGCGCCUCUGAGGACGAGAUAAAGAAGGCGUAUCGAAAGCAGGCCCUGCGAUAUCACCCUGAUAAAAACAAGUCCACUGGAGCUGAGGAUAAAUUCAAAGAGAUCGCCGAGGCCUAUGAUGUCCUCAGCGACGCAAAGAAAAAGGAUAUAUAUGACCGCUAUGGAGAAGAAGGCCUGAAGGGGCACACAGCCGGCGGGGGUGGUGGUCCCAAUGGCCCCAACAACUACAACUACACCUUCCAUGGAGAUCCUCAUGCCAUGUUUACAGAGUUUUUUGGUGGCCGCAGCCCAUUCGACCAGUUCUUCGCACGCAACGGGGACGAUGACAUGGACACUGAUGACCCCUUUGCUGCAUUUGGUAUGGGAGGGAUGGGGGGUAUGCCGGGUGGAAUGGGAGGGUUCCACCAACACCAGAGGUCCUUCAAAUCCCGACCAGGGGGUCCCCACGGGGGCCGUGAGAAAAAGAAAGAUUCUCCGGUGGUGCACGAGCUGAAGGUGAGCCUGGAGGAGGUGUUCUCCGGCUGCACCAAGAAGAUGAAGAUCUCCAGGAAGCGGCUGAACCCGGACGGCUGCAGCAUGCGCAGUGAGGACAAGAUCCUGACAGUGGACAUCAAGCGAGGCUGGAAGGAAGGGACCAAGAUCACCUUCCCCAGGGAGGGAGAUGAGAUGCCCACUAACAUUCCUGCUGACGUGGUGUUUGUGGUCAAAGACAAACCCCAUCCUGUGUUCCGCCGGGAUGGCUCCGAUAUCAUCUACCCUGCUAGAGUGUCCCUCAGAGAUGCACUGUGUGGAUGCACGGUCAGCGCUCCCACUCUGGACGGCAGGACUGUGACUGUGACCUCCAGAGACGUGGUCAAACCUGGGAUGAAGAAGCGUAUUGUGGGAGAGGGACUACCCCUGUCCAAGUGCCCAGAGAAGAGGGGGGACAUGGUGCUUGAGUUUGUAGUGAAAUUCCCUGAGAAUUUGGGGCAGAGUGCCCGCGAUGCACUGACUCAGAUUCUUCCUCCUUGAAUGACUAAGUGGCCUUUGAAGACACCUAACAAACACGAAGACAGCCAGUCGUCUUUCUCCAUUACAGUUGUCCUUACCCUAGGCCAAAGAACAGAAUAGUUGUUUGGGAAUUAUACCUGUUUAUUUUGAUUCAACCUUUGAUCCAAAUGAUAAUUCAGUUAUGUAUUUAACCACCAUGAGAUAUUGACAGAGUAACAUGUUGGUCUCUGUUCUGAUGUUAGCUGUUCUGUUUGGUUCAUAAUUUUUUCCUGUUUAAUAUUAUUAAAACAUUUAGAUUUUAUUACCUACAUGUCCUAUUGACAGUAUUCCAUUUCCCAUUGGAUGGGAAAAUAAAGACACUUCUGGGGGACCCAGUGCUAGACAUUGGAUAAUAAUGUUUGAGCAUAUGGCAAGGGUUGGUCUGGCCCUGUAGAGAUGACUGGAGCUGGUUGUUAUAAGGUCCGAGGGAUAGGUAGAGUUGAAGAUGCCUGUGGCAAACAGCACUGAUGUGGAAUUUGUGUGGUAUCCAGUUGUUUUGAUAGUGCUUCCAGAAUAUUUGUUGCAGGCAACUUAUCAACUAUAUCUCUCAGGAGCAGUGACACGCACCUGAAUGUAGAUAUACUUAUAAAUACAAUGCAUACAGUGCCAUCUGAAAAUAUUCAGACCCCUUGACUUUUUCCACAUUUUGUUACAGCCUAAUUCUAAAAUUGAUUAAAGUAGUUUUUUUUCUUAUCAAUCUACACACAAUACACCAUAAUGACAAAGCAAAAAUAGGUUUUUAGAAAUGUUUUAGAAUUUAAAAAAAUAUAUAUAAUAAUCAUCACAUUUACAUAAGUAUUGUGACCCUUUACUCAGUACUUUGUUGAAGCACAUUUGGCAGUGACUACAGCCUUGAGUCUUCUUGGGUAUGAUGCUACAAGCUUGGCACACCUGUAUUUGGGCAGUUUCACCCAUUCUUCUCUGCAGAUCCUCUCAGGCUCUAUCAGGUUGGAUGGGGAGCGUUGCUGCACAGAUAUUUUCAGAUCUCUCCAGAGAUGUUUGAUCGGGUUCAAAUCCGGGCUCUGGCUGGGCCACUCAAGGACAUUCAGAGACUUGUCCCGAAGCCACUCCUACGUUGUCUUGGCUGUGUGCUUAGGGUCGUUGUCCUGAUGGAAGGACAACAACCCCUUCACCCUAGUCUGAGGUCCUGAGCACUCUGGAGCAGGUUUUCAUCAAGGAUCUCUCUGUACUUUGCUCUGUUCAUCUGUGCCUCGAUCCUGACUAGUCUCCCAGUUCUUGCCGCUGAAAAACAUCCCCACAGCAUGAUGAUGCUGCCACCACCAUGCUUCACCGAAGGGAUGGUGUUAGGUUUCCUCCAGACGUGGCGCUUGGCAUUCAGGCCAAAGAGUUCAAUUUUGGUUUCAUCAGACCAGAGAAUCUUGUUUCUCAUGGUCUUGAGAGUCUUUAGGUGCCUAUUGGCAAACUCCAAGCGGGCUGUCAUGUGCCUUCUAUUGAGGAGUGGCUUCCGUCUGGCCACUCUACCAUAAAGGCCUGAUUUGGUGGAGUGCUGCAGGGAUGGUUGUCCUUCUGGAAGGUUCUUCCAUCUCCACUUAGGAAGAGUCUCGGUGGUUCCAAACUUCUUCCAUUUAAGAAUGAUGGAGGGCACUGUGUUCUUGGGGACCCUUUUUGGUACCCUUCCCCAGAUCUGUGCCUUGACACAAUCCUGUCUCGGAGCUCUACAGACAAUUCCUUCAACCUCAUGGCUUGGUUUUUGCUGUGACAUGCACUGCCAACUGUGCAACCUUUGUAUAGAUAGUUAUGUGUCUUUCCAAAUCUAAUCAAUUGAAUUUACCACAGGUGGACUUCCAAGUUGUAGAAACAUCUCAAGAAUGAUAAAUGGAAACAAGAUGCACCUGAGCUCAAUUUGGAGUCUCAUAAAAGGGUCUAAAUACGUAUAAGGUAUUUCUAGGUUCAAUACAUUUGGUAACAUUUCUUUUUUUUCUUUUUUUUUUUUAUAACUGUUUUUGCUUUGUCAUUAUGGGGUAUUGUGUGUAAAUAGCUGAGGAUUUUUUAUUUAACCCAUUUUAGAAUAAGACUAACGUAACAAAAUUUGGACAAAGUCCAGGGGUCUGAAUAUAUCUGGUGUUACCGGUAUUAUUUUGCAGUGAGGAAUGCGAGAGAUUCUGAAACUGAAUUAUGUUGGGGAACUAGAGCAAAUAGAAUUCAGAAAAUUCUUUCAGCUUAAAUGGGAGGGGCAAAACUUGCAAAUCAUGUUCAAACUAACCCAGAGAAUGAGGUAUGAAUAAACAUUUUUAGGAAUUCACUCCAAGCAACUCCCUACAGAUUCCACAUACUUGAUACACUACAUGUCCAAAAGUGAGUGGACAACCCUUCAAAUGAGUGGAUUUGGCUAUUUCAGCCCCACUCAUUGCUGACAGGUGUAUAAAAUCGAGCACACAGCUAUGCAGUCUAAAUGGCCUUACUGAAGAGCUCAGUGACUUUCAAUGUGGCACCGUCAUAGGAUGCCAACUUUCCAACAAGUCAGUUCGUCAAAUUUCUGCCCUGCUAGAGCUGCCCCAGUCAACUGUAAGUGCUGUUAUUGUAAAGUGGAAACAUCUAGGAGAAACAACAGCUCAGCCCUUAAGUGGUAGGCCACACAAGCUCACAGAACAGGGCCACUGAAGCAGGUACAAAUCGUCUGUCCUUGGUUGCAACACUCACUACCGAGUUUCAAACGGCCUCUGGAAGCAAAGUCAGUACAAUAACUGUUCAUCAAGAGCUUCAUGAAAUGGGUUUCCAUGGCCGAGCAGCCACACAAGAUCACCAUGCGCAAUGCCAAGCAUCGACUGGAGUGGUGUAAAGCUCACCGCCAUUGGACUCUGGAGCAGUGGAAACACGUUCUCUGGAGUGAUGAAACACGAUUCACCUGGCAGUCCGAUGGACAAUCUGGGUUUGGUGGAUGCCAAGAGAAUGCUACCUGCCCGACUGCAUAGUGCCAACUGUAAACUUUGGUGGAGGAGGAAUAAUGGUCUGGGGCUGUUUUUCAUGGUUCGGGCUAGGCCCCUUAGUACCAGUGAAGGGAAAUCUUAUUGCUACAGCAGACAAUGACAUUCUAGACGAUUCUGUGCUUUCAACUUUGUGGCAACAGUUUGGGCAAGGCCCUUUCCUGUUCCAGCGUGACAAUGCCCCAGUGCACAAAGCAAGAUCCAUACAGAAAUGGUUUGUUGAGAUCAGUGUGGAAGAACUUGUGGCCUGCAUAGAGCUCUGUCCUGAACUCUAUUGAACACCUUUGGUAUGAAUUGGCACACCGACCCAGGUCUAAUCGCCCAACAUCGGUGGCCGACCUCACUAAUGCUCUUGUGGCUGAAUGCUGCGGGGACUUGCUUCCAAUGUUCCAACAUCUGGUGGAAAGCCUUCCCAGAAGAGUGGAGGCAGUUAUAGCAGCAAAGGGAGGGACUAAGUCCAUAUUAAUGCCCAUGAUUUUGGAAUAAGAUGUUCAUCAAGCAGAUGUCCACAUACUUUUGGCCAUGUAGUGUAGCUUCUCCAGUUGUAUAGAUUUUAGUUAUUCAAGGGCACGUUAUCUAUUUUGUGCCAAAUGUCAUGUCACGCAUGUGAGAUUGACCUUGUUUGUGUGUGUGUGUGUAUAGACAAACGUGCACCAUCUUAUUGUGAAAUACUAUAAGAAGAUGGUGUGAUGUGUUUUGACCUCUGUAGGACCCCUUACAUUUAGCUUGAGGAUCACUAUUGUUGUAAGUAUGAUGAACUUGUAUGCCCAUUCUCCAGUGAAACUUGUAGGUGUGUUUACUCUGCAGUGACUCUUUAGAUGCUGUUCAAAACGGCAGUGCAUUUUAGCUGUUUAAAUUCUCUCUUUAACUCUGUUAAAGCUGUGAAACUAAUAUCUACUGCUACUUCGGAACCUCUAUGCAAACCAUUUCUGUUAGGAUAAUCUUAAUCCUUUUUAUUUUGUCAUAUCCUGUACUUCUUACACACUGCAGAGCAAACAAUGACUUGUCUAAUAUGGCUGCUUUUAGACGGGCCCCAAUUCUGAGCUUUUUUCCACACUAAAUUGUAUUUUGACCAAUCAGAUCAGCUCUGAAAAAAAUCUGCUGCGAAAACAUCUGUGAUUGGUCAAAACACCAAAUUAGUGGAAAAAAGAUCAGAAUUGAGCUGCCUGUGUGAACACAGCCUACAGUAUGUAGUGAACUGAUUUUUGAAGCACAUUGUUUGAGAUAAAGCAAGCCUAAGCAUCUGUGGUAAAUAAAAUCAUUCCAAAAAUGACAGUUGACAAACUGUAAAAUAGCAAAGUAGUGAGUCAGUUGUAUUGUUAAAAUAUGUCUGAAUUAUUUGAAUAAUGUUACAUUUUCAAGUACUUGAAAUAUAUAUUUUAACCUGGGGUGCAUUCAUUACGCUGAUUCUGUUGCAAAACGUUUACGCCAAACGGAAAAUGUUUUGUAACAUUGUUUUUAUUGGACAAAUUCAGGUAGGUUCCGCACCGUUUCGUGCUGUUUGGUUCUCAAACGCUAAACGGUUUCUGUUGCAAAAUGUAAUGAAUUUGAUUGAUUUGUCAUUGAGGUUGUAAUGAUCAGUCAACACUUACCCAUUUAUCAUUCCACUCCAAGUGGAGUUCCACUCUUAUUUAAUUUUAACAGAUACAUGUGGUUUAACAUGAAUGUAGAGAUGUGUAAUCUCGGUUUAACUUUUUUGUAAAAAAAUAUUUGCUUUAUUUGCAAAUGUUUUCCUUUGAUGGAAAAGUUUAAAUAGUUUUUAUAAAAUUUGCAGACAUUCUGUAUUAUUAUUAUGCACCCAGAAUUUUAUUUGACAAAUAGGUGUUAGCAAUCUGCUUUUCAUUUGUAUGAAACUGAACAUUUUUAUGUUAUUUGUCCUAUCCUUUGAACAAAUGAGGUCCCCUAGGCAUUUUGUGGUAUUUUAGUUGUUGCAAAGACUGGCUAAACUUGUAAAUAUCAAAUAAAAUUGUACAAAAUGA